AUACAUAUAUAUAUAAAGAGAGACAGAGAGGUGUUCCUUGCUUACAUUGUUAGGGGAGAUCCUUUCAUUUACAGCCUUCUUUAACUCUGCCUGUAUGAGCUCACCCAAGCUUCAAUCUUCCAAAGAAUAAUCUUCACCUAGUUCACCUUUGGUGUAUGUGAGAGAGAGAGAUAGAGAGAGAGAGAGAGAGAGAGAGAGAAACCCUAUAUAACUGUACCCUUGACCAUUCAGUCUCAAGCUGUGUAGGUUUCAAAUCACCCCGUAUAGAAAUGAAGACAAUUGAUAGCUUCAAUAAAGAAGAACAUGAACCACAAGAUCAUACCAACAAGAAAACCACUAUUGUUCCAGACCUACAAGAAGAACAAGAACAAGAAAAGGAACAAGAUGAUGAUGAUGAUGUCCAACUAGAACAGGUUAACCAUAAUUCACCGAGUACAAGUAGACCCAAAAAUGGAUCAACCUCAAGCAACAGCACAGUCGAAGAGAGCGACAAGAAGAAUAACUCCGGGUCGGGUUAUGUGCGACCCUAUGUUCGUUCCAAGAAUCCCAGACUCCGGUGGACACCUGAACUUCAUCUCCGAUUUAUUCAUGCAGUUGAUAAAUUAGGAGGCCAAGAAAGAGCAACACCCAAGUUAGUUCUCCAGAUGAUGAACAUCAAAGGUCUUAGCAUCUCUCAUGUCAAAAGUCAUCUUCAAAUGUAUAGAAGCAAGAAGUUUGAAGACCCUGAACCUCAAGUUGAUUCAGAACAAGGGUUUCUUUAUGAAGGAGAUGAUCAUCAUAUUUACAACCUUAGCCAACUUCCCAUGCUCCAGAGUUUUACUCAAAAACCAAUUCCCAAGUUUAGUUUAUGGAGUCACGAUAUGAGCCCGGAUUACAGCCAUUUUGUGGAUGGACUUAGCCAUGGAGCUUAUGGUUCAAGAGCAGGGAGAUUCAUCUUCAACAAUUCUACUUUGACACGUGGCCACGAAAGCAAUAACACCGAAGAAUCGUUAAGAUUAAUUAGAGAUCCCAAUGGAUUGUCAAAAGAUGAUCAAAUCCAAGAUAAAAUGGUAUUGAAAAGAAAGACAAACAACCAACUGCAGGAUGAAGAAAAUCCCAGUCUUGAUCUGAGUCUUUCACUACAAAUCGUUACCCAAGAACAUGAUGAUACAAAACACGAUGCGAGUAAUUUAUCGCUAUCAUUGUUUUCCUCAAAUUCUACUAAAAACCCAAGUAGUCUAAGAAGAUCAAAGCAUGCAAAAAUAGAUGAGGGUAAUAGUAGUACAACACUAGAUUUGACUUUGUGAAAGAAACAAAAGUCUAUGGUGUUCAAGUGAGAUUCUGAAGGUACUUUAAUAUUAAUAUAUUGUGCUGAAAAUAUAUUUUUUUUAUGGGUUGUUAAUAUUCACACACCCCUUCUCUCUAUCUCUCUCUAUAUAUUCCAUAUACAUAUAGAGAGAGAGAGAGAGAGAGAGAUAGAGUGAAAAGUAUGUGGGAAUAACAAUUUAGGGAUGUGGGAAUAGAAUGAGCUUUUUUUACGUCGCAAAGGCGUAAGGAUUGUUCCUCGGUUGUGUCA